UUGUCCUGUCCUGAACUGGGUAUUGCUUUCAUUUUGAUCUUUGCAGUUGUUGAUUCUGUAAUGCUAUGAUUUGCAUUCUCAUGUUUAUUGUAAACUUUUUGGCUCGUGGGUAGUAAGAAGUCUUAAUUGCUGAUGAUUAUUAUGUUUUGGCUUUAUCUUUUGUGCGAUGGGACUAUUUUAUAUUCAAAUUGUGUGGGAAAUUCAUCUAUUUAUUUGCUUCCAAACAAGGUAAAAAGGUUUGAUUCAAAAGAGAUGAAUGCCAUUUUUUUUUUUUUACUUUUUUGGGUUAGAAGGAAAUCUACAGUGUUUUUUUUCGGAGGUCAUAAUUCCUCCAUGGUUUGUGAAUUUAAACCUCACUGAAUUUGUUACUUUUUGUGGUCCAUUUCCAAGUCUUUAUUUGUUGGUUUGCUUUUAUGAUCCCCAAUUUAAUUUUCUUUCUAUUUAUAGCUUUAAUAAUUUCUAAUUGGUUAUGGGUUUUGUUUGGAUUUAAGUUAUGAAGCCAUUUAGAUAAUGGUAUUGGCAGUGUACUUUUAGCUUCAUGCCAUUAUUUGCGCUGCAAAGGUAGUUUAUGGAUGUGUGUGUGUGUGUGGGGGGGGGGGGGGGAAGGAAGUGUGAGUAUCUGAAAGUGGAGUGUGAAUGUUGGUGGCCUUUUCACUGCAAAAGUUGUUUAUGGAUUUAUGGUAGAGAGUGCAAGUAUUGGAAAGUGAAGUGCAAAUGUUGCUGGACUUAUAUUUGUCGGUUCUGUUUGUUGUGUUUAAUUUUGUUUCUUAUUCCUUUAGUAGCCGGGGUGUUGGCCUUUUGGUUGAAUGGUCAUCAGCUAUUAGUGGGAUUUGGUGUGUGAUUGCAGUUAAAGAGAUGAGUCACUUGACAAAUGAGAGCGAAGAUGGAAUGCUCUCAAAGGACCAAACAGGGUCCCCAUUGAUUGAUGAAGGCAACAGCAGCGGAAGUGCAGGUGGGGGAAUUGUUCUGAAGAAAGGACCAUGGACGUCUUCGGAAGACGCAAUCUUGGUGGAAUAUGUGAAGAAACAUGGUGAAGGAAACUGGAAUGCAGUUCAGAAGCAUUCUGGCCUUUUUCGGUGUGGGAAAAGUUGCCGUUUAAGGUGGGCUAAUCACCUUAGACCAAAUCUGAAAAAGGGAGCAUUCACUGCAGAAGAAGAAAGGCUGAUAAUUGAACUUCAUGCGAAGAUGGGCAACAAGUGGGCACGGAUGGCUGCACAUUUACCUGGACGAACUGAUAAUGAGAUAAAGAACUACUGGAACACCCGAAUUAAGAGAAGGCAACGAGCUGGUUUACCACUUUAUCCUCCUGAAGUGUGUUUUCAAGCAUUGCAGGAGAGUCAACAAAUCCAGAAUACUGGUGGAAUUAAUGGUGGGGAUAAAGUGCACCAUGAUCUCUUGCAAACUAACAGUUAUGAGAUACCAGAUGUCAUCUUGGAUGGUUUUAAGGCUAACCAGGAUGCCUUUCCCUAUGUCCCUGAUUUUCCUAAUCUUUCUACCAGUAGCAUGCUAAUGAAAGGGUUUGGUUCUUCUCAAUAUUGUGGUUUCAUGGCUCCAACAAUGCAUCGCCAGAAGCGUGUUCGAGAAUCACCAGCCUUAUUUCCUGGCUAUAAUGAAAGAAAUGGAAUCCCCCUGUUUGACCAGAUUCAGGAUGAUACUGGUGAUAAAAUUGCUCAGUCCUUUGGGUUGCCUUAUCCAUUUGAUCCUGACCCUACCAACAAGGACCCAUUGCCUUUUGCUGGCAUGCAGGGUAGCCAUGCCCUUUUAAAUGGCAACUUCUCUGCUUCUAAGCCCAUUUCUGGGCCUGUGAAGUUGGAGCUCCCUUCACUCCAAUAUCUAGAAACCGAUUUAGGUGGCUGGGGCACAUCUUCUUCACCGCCACCUUUACUUGAGUCUGUUGAUGCUUUUAUUCAGUCUCCACCAUCUGGGACAGUCCAGUUAGAAUGCCUUUCACCACGUAAUAGUGGCCUGCUGGAUGCUUUGCUCCAUGAGGCAAAGACGAUAAGCAGUGGGAAGAAUCAUUUGUCAGACAAGAGUGCAAAUUCCUCUACUGUUACUCCUGGUGAUUUAGCAGAUAGUUGCCUGAAUAUGUGUGAGACAGAAUGGGAAGACUAUGGUGAUCCUAUUUCUCCUUUGGGUCAUUCUACAACUUCAAUCUUCAGUGAGUGUACGCCAAUCAGUGCCAGUGGAAGUUCAUUGGAUGAGCACCCCCCUUCUGAGACCUUUCCUGGAUGCAGUGUUAAGGCGGAACCAGUUGACCAAGUUUGGACUCCAGAUGGAGAAAAAGAAACAUCGACCCAGUUGGAUUUUUCCAGGCCUGAUGUUUUACUUGGCUCAAAUUGGAUUGACCAGAGUACUGGCGGUCCCAAGGACCAAGCCAUGAUGAAUGAUGCUGUAGCGUCGCUUUUUAGUGAUGAUUUCGGCAACAACUACAAGAACAUGGCUUCUGGAACUCCUACAUCAAAUCAAGGUUGGGGGCUUGGUUGUUGUGCAUGGAAUAACUUGCCUCCUGUCUGUCAAAUGUCUGAACUUCCUUGAACCAAUGCCCAACUGUAUGAGUUUCUUUCAAUUCCACUCAUCAACUGUAUGAACUUCCUUGAAACUUCUAUCCCCUUAAAUCAUGUUGAAGACUUGUUUAAUUUGGGAUCUAGGGCUCUACCUUUUGGACUCUUAGAAGUUCUGAUGGGUUGAGGUUGAUGGUACGAUGUGUAUGAGUCGAUGUUAUUUUGUUUGCUAUACUGUCUAUGCCUUUUGGUGUCCUUGCAUUUCAAACUAGUGUAAUGCCAGUAUUGGGACAUGGAACUCUGUGCCAGUAUGCUGAUGCAUGCAGACUUUUGUUAUAAUUGUAGAAUAAAUUUGCAUUUCUGAUGUUGAACAAUUAUAGUCGUAAAAUCAUUUUCGGUUAUUUUCUGGGUUUGAUUCAAUUACCUUUAUUUGCUUACAUUUUCUUCUUUAUCUUUAUAUUCAAUCGACAAAAUCUUGUAGGAUGCAUGAUUAGUUAAUUUGCUUUCACAUUCAGGAAAUAGUUUGUUGCUAGAGAUUCUUUUGCGAGCACUUUCACUUGAUAUCAUCAUGGUGUGCUGCAUGUUUUACUUGAAUUCUUUUCCUUGUUUGUGAAUCGCCAUGAGAAAACUGUUACAGGAAUUGUUAGGAAGUCCUGUGUCCUCUUUAGGCCUUUCUAUCAAAUAUUUCAGGGCCAUUGGGAAGCAUAAGAAUAGUGCUGCUGCAUACAACAUUGCUGAAACAGGACUAUGCUUGAAGACCUGACCAGUUGAUGGGGAGUGACUGAACCGCAUAGUCGAGUCGAGUCCCCCAUUAUGUUAGCAUUGCUUUUUGAUAAAAAUACUGGUUGUAUUGACAAUGAAAAGUGUUAUUCUAAUCAAAAUCAAGCUGAAGUUAAC